AUGGCGACCACAAGGAGCCCCGCCAGCCCCCGCCAGCUGAAGGAGUUUGACAGCGUCCGAGACUCUCUUGCCGACAUCAUCGGCCAGCUCCGUGACAUUGACCCUAGCCACCUCUCCUUCUCGCCAUUCCUGGACCUCGACACCCAGAUUUCCCUGGCGCCCGUCUCCGACAGCCCUGAAUCGUCUCUCGAGGAGCUGCAUUCUACUGAAGCGGAGGAGGAAGAGGAAGAGGAGGGGGCAGCGCAGGCCCCAGAAGGGAGCGACGUGGGGCUGCCCCCCAUGGCUGGGGCCGACACUGUGGCCACCCGGCUGCCCAAAGAGACGUCCUUUUUGGACUCCGUCCAUGUCGUGCCACGGUUUCCCCUUCCCCAUCCUGAGCAAAGGUCAGAAGGCGGCCAAACCGGGACCCUCACACCGACCGACUGGCCUCCCCACGAAUGCCAGCCCUGGCUGGAAGCGGGAGACAGCGCCUGCCCGGUUUUGCGCCACGGCUCGGGGGAGCUGACCUCCUGCGUGGGGGGCAGCAGGGGUUGCCGGGCCUGCUCCGGGAGCGAGCACAUGAAAGCCGUGGCCUCGGCCUUCGUCGCCCUCCUCCUGGCUCCGUGGUUCCUCUAUGUAACCUAUUACUUCCUUCCGCUGCCAGCCCUUGCCUGCCCGGAUCUUGCCAGUCGUGUUGCCUUGGCUCUGCGUUGCCUGCCGGUCGCUGGGCUGCCUAUCCUCCUCGGCAUUGUUCUGAGGGCCUUUUCUGCCUUGUGCCUGGACAACCUCGGCCCCCUGGGCACUCGCUCUCGGCCCGCCCUGCUCCACCAGCUUUUCGUCGCGGGCUCCGUGGACCAGCUGUCCGUCUUUGCCCUCAAUGUGGUGGUGACGGCGACUUUCCUUCCCCAGGAGCACCUGCGUCUCAUCCCGAUCCUUGUGGGGCUCUUUGCUGUUGGAAGGUGCUGCUACUGGGCCUGCCUGCACCUCUGCAGCACUUACCGUGGGUUCGGGUUCGGCCUCUCCUUCUUCCCGACAGUCGGCAUGAGUAUCUACAACCUCUUCUGCCUCUACCACCUGGGCUUGGGGUUCCUGUUCGCAGCCUUGCCCGACAUCCGCAACACAUCCGCUCCGGCGCUCGAACUGACUAUGCCCAAGAGAUGA